AAUGUGAAAUAUUUUCUCUUUAUUUAUUUUUGUAUAAAAAUAUUAAUAAAUUAUAUAGAAUAUUAUAUAAAUAGAUAUUGUAUUUAAAUUACAAAAGGAAGUUGCACAGAAAUCCAUACAUGUAAGAGUCACUGGUAUACAAUGGAUUUAGAUAAAGAAAAAAGUACAGAAAAUCUUUCAGAUAAAAAAUUAAGUGCUACUAUAUCUCAUAAUAUUGGAAAUAUUUCUACUGAUAAUAAACAAAGUGAAAGAAAAUAUAUAUGUAAUUAUGCUGGAUGCAAUCUAGCAUAUUUUAAGCAGUCUCGAUUAGACAGACAUAUAAGAUUGCAUACAGGAGAGAGGCCUUACAAAUGUAAUUAUCCUGAAUGCACAAAAGCUUAUACUAAUUCCAGUCAUUUGAAAAGACAUAUAGAAACGCAUAAUUGUACAAAAACAAAAUUACAAUGCAGCAAAUGUUUUCUAAUGUUAAGUAAUCGUCAUAAUCUAAAACGUCAUUAUGCACGUGUGCAUGAUAAUGUUUUAACAUGUAAUGAAUGCAAUGAAGAAUUUACUAAAAAGCAUCAAUUGACUCAGCAUAUUGCUAUACAUAAUAAUGUUAUUCCAUACAAAUGUAAUCAAUGUGAUAAAAUACUUAUAAGUAUAAAAAAUUUAAAGCGUCAUGAAAAACUACACAAAAAAGGAAAGAAAAGUUAUCCUUGUUCGCAAUGUACUGAAGUUUUUGAUAAAUGGACUUUACUUUUUAAACAUAAACAAAUACAACAUAUUAAUGGUAAAUACUAUUCUGUAAUAGAAAGCAGUCAACGGCCUUGCCUCGUUGAAAAAACUAGUUCUCGAAUAGCUACUAAAGUUAAACAACGAUGGGCAUGGUUAGUACUUGGAUGGGUGACCACUUCGGAACACUGUGUGCUGUUGACUUCAGAGAAUUUCAAAUGUGACCAAUGUAAAAAAGUAUUUUCUAAUGAAAAUUACUUAAACAGACAUUUAAAAAUUCAUAAUAAAUCUAGAUGUUUUAUACCAUGUCCGUAUAAAGAUUGUGAAAAAUCAUAUUUGUCUAAAUCUAAUUUGACAAAUCACAUUAAUUAUUAUCAUCUGAAUAAGAAAUUUAUCUGUGAUAUAUGUAAAACAGGACUAUCGGCGAAAUCAAAAUUAAUACAACAUAUACAAACUCAUGAAAGCAACAAUAAAUUCAAAAAGAAAAAAAUAACUAAACAACGUAAAAUAAGAAAAGAUGUUGGUAUUCCCAGAAAGAGUAUGGUAACAGUUCUGUCUGGAUUACGAUUCGAUCAAAAAAGAGAUGCAGAACUCUUGAAAAGAAAAACUGAUAUAGAAUUGAAAACUACACAGGAUCUCUGUACAAAUGACAAAAAUCAAGACGUAUAAUAGUAACAAAGUAAUAUAUUGUACUAAAAAAGGUAUUACAAAUUUUAGUAAACACAUUAUUAUGGAAUAUCAUAUGGAAAAAUAAGCAUAUGAGCAUUAAAAGCAAGGUACGCAUAUACAAGACUUGUAUCGAAAAAGAGAGGGUUCGAGGGGUGAGGCUAGCAACCUACCCUCAGUAAAAACAAUAAAUCGCUCUUAGAAAUAGCAAUAAAAAAAGCUAUUUCUAAUAAGGUCAAAGUCCUAAUAAAAAGAGGAAGAAGAAGAAGAAGAAGACAUUAUUAUUAUUAUAUUAAUACUAAACUUACAGAAGCAGUCAGAUAAACCGAAAGAAAAAGAGCUUGUUCCUGACUAUUAUAUUGAUGCAUUAGGAAAUGUUUUAGAUUAUAUAGAAUUAUUUAUUUCUAAAACUGGAAAAAUAUUACCUUAGAAACAUCUUAAAUUUAAAUAAAAUAUUUGUGUCGCUUUUUACAAUUUUUAACAUAAAACAUUUGUAAUAAGUACAUCAUUUUUUCUACAAUCAAAUGU